UUAUUACAUCUCGUGAUGAGAUGGGUAGAGAUGAGAUAGAAAGUGGUGGAGGAGAAAGCAAAGGUUUUUUGUCUUGAUUAGGGUAUGGGGUAGAGCUGUCUGUGGGCUGUUUUUAUGGGGGCAAGAUUUGCUGUUGCUACUAUUGUCCUAAUUGUUCAUCAUCUUCAAAGACUCUUUCUUACCUAUUCUUCUUCUUCUUCUUCUUUCCUUCGAGGGUUUCUGAAAAAUCCCAUUUAGGGUAUUUGCAGUUUUUGGAUAUUUUCAAGAAAAUAUUUGUAUAUUGAUUAGUGGGUUUUUCUGUUCUUUCUUUCUUUCUCCUGUCUUCCUUCAGUUCCCUAAGAUAAACCAGUUCAUACAUAUAUAUAUAUAUAUUGUAAUUAAGGUAUCAUGAGUAGCGGUGGAAGUGAUCUUGAUGAUUUAGAUGAUUUAGGGUUUGUGGAAGUUGAUCCAACUGGAAGAUAUGGAAGGUAUGAUGAGAUUCUUGGAAAAGGGGCUUCAAAGACAGUUUACAGAGCAUUCGAUGAAUACGAAGGGAUCGAAGUAGCAUGGAACCAAGUGAAGCUUCACGACUUCUUACAAAGCCCCGAAGAACUCGAAAGACUCUACUGCGAAAUACAUCUUCUCAAAACCUUAAACCACUCGAACAUUAUCCAAUUCCACACUUCUUGGGUCGACACUUCCAAUCGAAACAUUAAUUUCGUCACCGAGAUCUUCACUUCCGGCACUCUCCGACAGUAUCGGUUGAAGCACAAGAAAUUGAAUGUUCGGGCGAUCAAGAAGUGGUGUCGACAGAUACUCCAAGGGCUCGCGUAUUUGCACAGUCUCGACCCGCCUGUGAUCCAUAGAGACCUUAAGUGCGACAACAUUUUCGUCAAUGGGAACCACGGCGAGGUCAAGAUUGGCGAUCUUGGCCUCGCGGCGAUUUUAAGGAAAACGCACGUCGCACAUUGUGUCGGGACGCCAGAAUUCAUGGCACCGGAGGUGUAUGGAGAGGAAUACAAUGAGCUAGUUGAUAUAUAUUCAUUCGGGAUGUGUAUGCUCGAGAUGGUAACGUUGGAGUAUCCUUAUAGCGAAUGUACGCAUCCGGUGCAGAUUUACAAGAAAGUCGUAUCCGGCAAGAAACCUGACGCCCUCUACAAGGUGAAGGAUCCGGAAGUACGUAGAUUUGUCGAGAAAUGUCUGGUGACGGCUGCCGACAGGCUGUCUGCCCGGGAGCUUCUCCAUGACCCAUUCCUCCAAAUCGACAACUACGGUUAUGAUCCGAGGCCAUCAAUCGAGGAAUCGGGCAUCGUCAACAGCUACUUGAACCAACACUAUAAAUUUUAUCAGAAAGAACACGAAUCACAUCAAGACUACGAAUCGGCUAGCGCAGAUUUAUUAGCGAAUCGAGAAGAUCAUCACCUGGAAAACGUCGACAUCACCAUCAAAGGGAGGAAGAACGAGGACGGCUACAUCUUCUUGAGGCUCCGAAUUGCGGAUAAACAAGGCCAUGUCCGGAACAUAUACUUCCCUUUCGACACGGAUACUGACUCGGCCCUUUGUGUCGCGACGGAAAUGGUGGCCGAGUUGGACAUCAUGGACCAAGAUGUUACCGAAAUCGCAGAAAUGAUUGACGGAGAAAUCGCUGCAUUGGUGCCGGAAUGGAAAUGUGGUACCUGCAUCGAAGAAACCGGAAGUCUUCCAUCUGACGAGUUGUGUAAGAACAUCGAACCUCCAAGAUCAAUGCACAGCCAUUUCGAAGAGACGAUCGACCAAUCCGAAGGCUCUGAGCACCAUGACAGUAACGAUGCUUCACUCGGCUACAGUAACCACGAAAGAGCACCCGGUGAAAAGAUCGAGUCUUCGACAUCAGAUACUGACAGCAAAGCACGAGCGACAAAUAAGCAGAUUCCGACCGGAGCUAAAGAUGAAUAUGAGACUAUAUCAAUUUCGGCAUUCACACAUUUGGAUUCUGAAAACAAGGGUGUGAUGAAGCAGAAGAUACACGGAUUCGGAUGCUCGUUUAGUUCUUGUAAUCCCAUGCACAUGGUGACGGCAAAGGGUUUCUACUCGAGCAUGCUGCUACAACAUACGCCGACUACUUCUCUACCAGUUGAUGCUACAGACUUCUAAACCUCGUCAACUUUUAAUUGAGACAAUUUCGACUAGGUGUUUUUUCAGUUUUCGGAGACUGUAGAUUCUCGACUGAAAAUGGCGGAGAGAUUGAAAAUGAAGCAUGUACAUUUAAAGGGUCCAAAGAAAACUUACUAUUCAUUCUUACAA